AUGAGACAGUGGCAAUCGAUAAUGGACAACUUGAGCCACAUUUUCUAUCUCGUGCGGCUGAUUAUCCGUCAGGUUUCCAUCUACUUACGGGAUCUGAUUCUGUACAAGAUCUUCUGGAUGGCGGCGAACGAUGAGUACAACACCUCAGACUCGAAACUUGGCGUAACCCUGAGAAACCUAACUACCGAUAUCCUGGCUUUUUGUGUCAUCUGCAUCGUUCUCUUCUUCCUUGUGCUCCUUGCGUCGAAAUGCGAAAAAGAUGAAACCCAGCUCUUUACAUCUGCAGGAAUAGAAACAGUCACGGUCGACCUCGCGGAAGAUCCUUUCUGCAUUUCGAACACUAGUUCCAGUACGACGAACUGCAUCCUCGCUUGCGGCGACUCGAUUUACCCUCGCGGAAGAAUUCGAAAGAGGAAUUUUUCCGACGAGGAUAUGUCCAGGGUUCGCUCGUGCAGCAAGAAGAGAGUAGCCAGCAUCCCGAAGAAGUCGAUCUUCGGUCUAGCCGUGUCUCAGCCACAAAAUUCUCAGGGCACCCAGACCACCGAUAAAAUAUUCCAGAACACCACGCAGAAAUGGCUGAUCAGGCGAACGAGAAGCGGCAAUAUCUACGGGAAAUAUCCCAUAUAG